CACUCCCGCCCCCAUUGGCUGUAUGGUGCGUCAUGCAGUCAGUGCAUGUUUCCGCUGUGUUCACUGGAUAUAUCACGUCAGCAUCAUCCGAGCCAGACUCCUCAUCCCCAGCCCUCGCCAUGACCUUCAUCGGGACUAUUUAGCUUCAUGCUGAGUUUGUUAUAUUCCCUUGAGAUUCGUUGAUGAAAGCGGACACCUGAGCUGCAUAGCGGCGUCACUGCGGCUGGUUUGCAGCUUUUCUUUUCUCGUGCGAUCCAUGGCCAACAUAGUAACAGCGUCCGACACAGUGGCAGCAGUCGAAAAGAUGGCGCCUCCAACUGUCCCGCUACUUCCCGACAAGAGAAAUGGAACAAACAGUCACGGCUCCCCGGCCAGAACUAAAAAAACAACUGCGACAAACACAGACAAGAAGCCCCUGUUGAAUGGAAUUGCGUCGCCUUCACACUUGGUUGCGACCAUCAGCACCAACCCUGCCAGCAAACCAAUUGUGGAGGGAUUUUUGAAGACAGAUGACAGGAUGCGUUUAGCCAAAGAGAGACGGGAGGAGAGGGACAGAAGCCUUGCGGCACGGGAGCAGCUGAUCCGGGAGAAGGAGCGACGAUCUCAGCUGCAGUACGAGCGCACGGUGGAGGAGCGCUGGAAGCGGCUGGAGGAGCAGAAGCACAAGGAGGAGCUGCGCCGGGCUGCGGGGGAGGGGAAGCGAAGACUGCAGCUGGAGGAGGAGAGGGAGCGGCUGGAGGCCCUGAUGAGACGCUCUCUGGAGCGCAGCCUAAACCUGGAGAACAGACACAAACGCUGGAGCAGAGGCUUCCAUGUUGUAGCAGGUGACACUGAGAAUGCCUCGCUCUCUUUCUCUGCUGCCUCCACCCUUUCCCAUGGCCUUGCCUCCCCUAUUCCUGCUGUCAGCGAAUCUGCGCCUUGCAGCCCUCGCAGGUCACCUUUGUGCAACUCGCGGAGCCCCGCUGAUGCCCACAGAAACGGACUAGUGGAAGGCUCUCGGUCCACUCCCAACACCCCCAAGAAAGAGCGUCUGCGAAGGGAGAGGAGAACUGCCUCCCCGGGUGGUUCGUAUUUAAAGAGAAGAUCGGAAUCGCCGGCGAAUGUCAUCAGACAGAUGACACCUCCGACUACCUCCAAAUUGGCUUCUAAGACACACAUGCAGUCUCCCAUCAGUGUCCACGAGUCCCACCACUCUCCCACUGGACCUCGGCCUUCCACGAGUAAAGCACAACAGGGUGAGGUGGUGGGAAAAAAUCCCGGCCAUACCCGCAGUGCAGCUGACGUAUGCAAAGCCGGAUCAUUUGAAGCCGUCAAAGGUGACGCACCUGAGAAAAAAGAGGACCCUUCCGAGAAGAAAUCAGAUCAUAGCACUCAAAAUAGAGAGAAAAAAAGAGAAUCAUCGCCAUGCACGACCACAGGGAAGGCAGCAACCGGGAUAACCAAUGCGGAGGAGGCUAGCAAGGUGCUAGCAGAGCGUAGACGCCAGGCUCGGGCACAGAAAGAACUGGAGGACAAAAAACGAGAGCAAGCGGAUGAAGAAAGGCUCCGGGAACAGCAGAGCAGACAACAUGUGCAAGAGCAACAUGCGCAAGAGCAACAGCAGCCUAAGGCCAAGGAGCCUGGGGAAAAUGGCACAAGUUCCAACAAGGCAACACAACAAGAAGACAAACAGCAACAGGAUGUGCAGGAGAAGGAGCAAACGGGCACAGAGAGAGAAAAGGCGAAAGUUCAAGCACAUGAUGAAGCUGAGCGUCAACGUCAAGACCGUGAACAGCAGUCGCAACAGGAAGAGGAGGAGAGGCAGCUGAGAAAGAAGAGAAUUGAGGAGAUCAUGAAGAGAACGAGGAAAGGGGAAGCUGAUGUGAAGGACGAACAGGUGGAGACCAGGUCACCACCAGGAGAGUUAAAGACUGUCGAAAGUAAAGCUCAGGAAGACUUUAAACGGUGUAAAGAGCGGGUCACAAGCGACGGGGAAGGGAAGAAAGAAGCUACAGCACAGAUGGACUGUCGGAAGCAUGUUGAAAACAACGCUGAAGCGAUGCCAGCUCACAGUGUUCCUGACUCGAGAAUGGACAUCAGAAAAAUGAUAGUUGCAGAUGAACUGAACAAGGAGGGUGCGGAUGAUCCCCGACUAAAGGAGAGGGAAGUGCAAAUGAUUCCAAACAAGCAGCUGAGAAUCAAAUUUAAAGACAUGGACCCAUUCACAAAAGAACCAACCAGUGAGGCAGGUAGCAUGGUUAAGCAAAAUGGGAAGCAUGGAGCAGUCACGAGGGCAGAAAGUAUCUCUAGUAGAGGUCAUGUGACAGCUGAGGUAGACAAACUGAAAGCGGCGUCCUCGGCGGGGGGACCCGAAAGACAAGGACCUCGACAACCAUCCGCCAUUCAUCUGGAGCCACCGGAGGUGAGGCGGUCUUCUGAUGAGGUGCAGUCCAUGGACAUCAGCCCAGCUUCAAAGGAGGAAUUGAUUUCCAUCCCAGAAUUCUCGCCAGUUAAUGAAAUCCAGCAAUGCAGCUUAAGUAACACCCGGGCCCUUCAGGACUUGAUGGACCUGACAGGUAGCAUCACAUGCUCCAAAAGGACCUCUGAAGGCAACGUCGGCGACUGCAACAAAAAUCUGAUCCAGGGGGUCGUCAGCCCCAUGUCGGACUCGAAGCUCAUCGGGAUGUCACCACCCUCCUCGAAUCGACUUAAUAUCCACUAAUGCAACCAACGUUUUCUCCUUUAAACAUACUAGAGCUGGCAUUUAGAAAAUAGACAUCUGUACCAAUACAUUUAUGGACAAGAGCCAUAGAAACUGACAGCUACUAAAAUUACCCCUAGCAAUAUUGCAAUAUACUAAUCACAUAUAGCAGAUGUGGAUAACGGAGUAAGGGUGGGCCUGUGAUUGAUUGGCAAGCAGUCCAGGGUGUAUCCUGUGUUUCACCCAAAGCCAUAGUCUUAAGACAAUUUGAUGUGAUUUUCUUAUUGAGACGUCAGCACUGUAAGUGAUCGAUGAAGAUGACGCUGAAAAAAAAAAGAUGUUUGUUGCAAACUGGAAGGAAAUUUGAACUUGGAUUGGCGCAGCAGUGAAAGUGAUUUGAUCUUAUUUUAAAGGUGAAUUUGGCUCAAUGAGCACUUUCAACCUUUCCUCUAAUGUUUUCAGAGAUUUACUUUAAGAAAUACGAAAAUUUGUCAACUGUUGAGGGCCUUGAAAAUGCUUGCACAACCACGUUUAGGUUUUUGUGUCUAAAUGUAGAUUCAUUUUGGAGUGACCUGAAGGAAGAGCUUUGAUAUCGCAAUUCUGUGCUACCACUGUGCUGACAUCUAUUUUUUUCCCUCUGUGCAAUGAGGUUCAGUGUGCGACCUUUAACACCUGAACAUUGUAUGCCCAAAAUCUUGUCCAAGUCACAUUGCUUAGCACAUGUAGCCCAAUAUGUGUCAACUUUCCACUCUCCCCUGCAAGGGGCUUUAGAAUCCUUGUUGAUAGAUCAGACAUUUAAUCUGCUGCAUAGAGUGGUUUGGAAUUGGCUUGAUUUAUUUUCAGAACUGAAUUUAAAGAAAACAUUUAAUUUGCAGACACAUUUUAGCGGAAAUAGAACCAUAUCGGCUCAUAUUUCAAAAGGAGUGACUUUUGUGACUGUUGAGUUGUGCAUGGUUAUCAUGGCCAAAAAUGAUCAACCCAAUAAAAUAUAAAGUCAUCAA